ACUGCGGGAGGCAGUGGAAGACAGGAGUGCCUGGCGUGCUCUGGUCCAGGGGGUCACAAAGAGUCGGACAUGAGUAAAUGACUAAACAACAACUCCUCUUAAAGGCAUCUAGGUUCAUGGCCAACCUGCCUCCUGCAGCAGUGAGUUCCAUAGUUCAACCACACACUGCGCGAAGAAGCCCUUUAUUUUACCUGUCCCGGAUUUUCCAAACUUCGGUUUCGUGGGAUGUCCAUGUGCUUUGGUGCUGUGAGGGAGGGGAGAAAACUUUCUCUCUCUCCACUGAGUCCAGCAUCCUGUUGCGUGUCAAGACCCCGCAACCACAUCCUCAUUGAAGAAUAAACACACAGGACACAAAUAUUUUAGUCGUUUAGUUGUGUCCGACUUCCGACUCUUCGUGACCCCCUGGACCAGAGCAUGCCAGGCACUUCUGUCUUCCACUGCCUCCCACAGUUUGGUCAAACUCAUGCUUCAAGAACACUAUCCAACCAUCUCGUCCUCUGUCGUCCCCUUCUCCUUGUGUCCUCCAUCUUUCCCAACAUCAGGGUCUUUUCCAGAGAGUCUUCUCUUCUCAUGAGGUGGCCAAAGUAACACAAAUAUUAGGUUAAUGUUAUUAGGCAAAUUUUGGCCACAACUUUAUGGAUUACAGAAUGUGAGCGGUAUUGGCCUAGGCAUUGAAUAGAACCAACUAUAUCUGACUGCUGCCCAUUAUGCCGGGAGUCUGGUAAGGGUAAACCACCAGAAGGAGGAGCCAGGUCGAUGCUGACCACUCAAGCUCCCCCAGAUGUUCUCGACGGGGUUGUGUCAUGGCCCUAGCCCCGCCCCGGGCUUUGGACAAGAUCCACACCUCCGGAUUCCUUUAAUGGAAUAUCCUUAAUCUUGGAAGGGCAGGUGAUGGCCACACCUCACCUCCCCCAUCAUAAGGUCAAACAUUGCCUAACCACAAAACCUUACAAAGUUGUGACGAUUGCUACGAGGUAGGUGAAAACCAAGUGGCCCCAUGCCAACUUUGCCAAGUGGAAAAAAUUCCUACCAGGCCCCUCAAUGGCGACCAACCAAGGUCCAUGCAGCUGGGAACAGGGCAUGAGGGUUGCUGGUGCCGUAAGUUCCAUGAGAGAAGCUUGCAGAAUUCCGGGUUCCCAAUUUUUGUGUGUGUGUGUGAUGAGAGGCAUAACCCAGAGCAGGCCCUUCUUCAAAAUGCCGCCCCCGGCAUCUGGUGACACACUUACUGGGCACAGAUAAAUAUUUCAGCACCCAAUGAAAUAUUCAUUUUGCUCCAUCUCCAUCUCCCUUUUCUCGGUUUAGUGCAGGCCCAGAGCAUGAAAGAUGGAAAUAAUUGCUCCUUCAGCGAGAGGCUUGUAAUAAAUGUAUGUGUGUUUGUGUUAAAUUUAAAAAAAGACCCCUCUUAGACACAGAUGAACUGCGCCAAGGCACCUUGUGGAGACCAUGAUUGAUGCUUUGUAUGGAAUCGUAGAAUUGUAAAGUUGGAAGGGACCCUGGGGGUCAUCCAGUCCAACCCCCUGCAAUGUAGGGAUCUCAGCUGAAGCAUCCAUGACAGAUGUCCAUCUAGCCUCUGCUUAAAACCCACCAAGGAAGGAGAGUCCACCACUUCCUGAGGGAGAUUGUUCCAUUGUCAAGCAGCUUUUACCAUCAGAAAGCUCUUGUUCAGGAAUGUGUGUUUUUUAAUAGCCCUUUUAACCCAGUAUUAUAGUAUUUAUUAGGUCAGGAAACAGGGACACGGGUGGCGCUGUGGGUUAAACCACAGAGUCUAGGGCUUGCCGAUCAGAAGGUCGGUGGUUCGAAUCCCCGCAACGGUGUGAGCUCGGUCCCUGCUCCUGCCAACUUCCUGCCAACCUAGCAGUUCGAAAGCACGUCAAAGUGCAAGUAGAUAAAUAGGUACCACUCCGGCGGGAAGGUAAACGGCAUUUCCAUGCGCUGCUCCGGUUCACCAGAAGCGGCUUAGUCAUGCUGGCCACGUGACCCGGAAGCUGGACACUGGCUCCCUCGGCCAAUAAAGCGAGAUGAGUGCCGCAACCCCAGAAUCGUCUGCGACUGGACCUAAUGGUCAGGGGUCCCUUUACCCUUUACCUAGGUCAGGAAACAGUUGCCUAGCUGGUGCUAAGAAGUAUAUAUGCAUUUCUGUGCACGUUACUGGUUCAGAGAACGACACUGCAAAAUAAAUAAAUAAAUAAAUAAAUAAAUAAAUAAAUAAAAAAAAUUCAGAGAGUUGCGAAUUUCAAAGGAUGGCCUGUUUAAUUUCGCGUACUGUUUCCGAAAUGGCAAAUUAGAGUCGCUUUUCAGCGCAAAUGGAAUUGGGUUUCUCAUGCAUCCCUAAGAGCAAAGCUUAGCUGUGAUUCCUGCAUUGCAGGGGGUUGGACUAGAUGACCCUCGGGGUCCCUUCCGACUCUUUGCAAGUCUUUGAAUCAGUUUCCUUCCUGGGAACCCUUGCACUCAGGUGAUCACACCAUAGUUUGGCUUAGCGUGACAUGCAAACCAGGCUUUUGGGUAGAUGUGGUUUUGCAAUGGUGAUGAAAAUACUCUACUGCCACAAGUCCUUUGCUCUUGGAAGGAAACCAUGGUAAUAACACCAUAGAAUCUUAGAGCUGAAAGGGACCCAAGGGUCAUCUAGUCCAACCCCCCGCAUUGCAGGAAUCUCAGCUAAAGCAUUCAUGACAGUUGGCCAUCCAACCUCUGCUUAAAAACCUCCAAGGAAGGAGAGUCCACUACCUCUCAUGGGAGUCUGUUAUGCUGCUGAACAGCUCUUACUGUCAGAAAGGUUUUCCCCCAAAAGUUUAGUCAGAAUCUCCUUUCUUGUAACUUGAAGCCAUGGAUUCGAGUCCUACCCUCCAGAGCAGAAGAUAACAAGCAUGUUCCCUCUUCCAUGUGACAGUCAUCUAGAUAUCUGAAGAUGGCUCUCCUAUCUCCUUUCAGUCUCCUCUUUUCCAGCAUAAACACACCCAACUCCUUCAACCAUUCCUCAUAAGGCUUGGUUUCCUAACCCUUGAUAAUCUUGGUUGCCCUCCUCUGCCCACCUUCCAGCUUGUCAGCAUCCUUCUUCAACUGUGGUGCCCAGAAUUGGACACAGCACUCCAGGUGUGGGCUGACCAAGGCAGAAUAGAGUGGUACUAUUACUUCCCUUGAUCUGGACAAUAUAUUGCCUAUAUUUUUAAAAACUGCUUUAUGCUUGAAGAGCAAACAUGCCCUUCAAUCUGCUCCUCAGGCUGCUCUGUUGUGAAUUAAAUUGUAUGCUGUAAUGAUUGGUUCUUAAGGAAUUGUAUAUUUGUUAUUAACGGAAGCCUGUAGUCCCAAAAGCAGCUUAGAAAUAUCUAAAGUUCAUGGAGGGUGAGUGUUUACAAUCUCCCUUUGCGCUUCUGGCUUUGCUUUCGUUUCACAAUAAGCCAAGCAAUGAACCCCAAUUGUAAGGACGAAUAAUAAUAAUAAUAAUAAUAAUAAUAAUAAUAAUAAUAAUUUUAUUAUUUAUACUCCGCCCACUCUGGGCAGCUUCCAACAAAAUAUUAAAAUACAGUAAUGCAUCAAACAUUAAAAGCUUCCCUAAACAAGGCUGCCUUCAGAUGUCUUCUAAAAGUCUGGUAGUUAUUGUUCUCUUUGACAUCUGGUGGAAGGGUGUUCCACAGGGCGGGUGCCACUACCGAGAAGGCCCUCUGCCUGGUUCCCUGUAACUUGGCCUCUUGCAGCGAGGGAACCACCAGAAGGCCUUUGGCGCUGGACCUCAGUGUUAGGGUAGAACGAUGUGGGUGGAGACGCUCCUUCAGGUAUACUGGACUGAGGCUGUAUAGGGCUUGAAAGGUCAGCACCAAGACUUUGAAUUGUGCUCAGAAACGUACUGGGAGUCAAUGUAGGUCUUUCAAGACCGGUGUUAUAUGGUCUCGGCAGCCGCCCUCAGUCACCAGUCUAGCUGCCUUAUUCUGGAUUAGUUGUAGUUUCUGGAUCACCUUCAAAAGGUAGCCCCACAUAGAGCACAUUCAGUAGUCCAAGCGGGAGAUAACUAGAGCAUGCACCACUCUGGCGAGACAGUCCACGGGCAGGGAGGGUCUCAUCCUGCAUACCAGAUGGCAGAUGGCAGAUAGCUGCCCUGGACACAGAACUGACCUGCGCCUCCAUGGACAGCUGUGAGUGACUCUUUCAGAUUUUUGAAAUUUGGCAGCUAUUCGUCCUCCGCUAUGGAAAAUUCCAAUACAUGUUUGGGAAUAUAGGUGACUAGAAGGGGAGGGGGGCAGACAAACUGACAGUACACAGCUUCUCCCAUGGAUAUGAGCCAUUACAUGUAAAUGGAACCUUCAGGAGCAGAGGCAGUCUAUCUCUGAAUAUCAGACACCAGAGACAGAAAAGAAGGGAGGGCUCUCGGUGUCAUAUCCUGCUUGUGGACUUCCUGGGAGCAUCUGGAUGGGGAGGAACAGGAAGCUGCUCUCGAUGUUCUGAUCCAACGCAACUUACCUUACAUUCUGAACUCUCUGCGACAGAGAACGAAUCUUUCACAUCCUCCGUUUGACACCUCACUUCCCUCAUUUGGAACAUGCAUUUUAAAAAAGAAACAUCUCUUGAAUAUGAUUUAACUUUGGCUCGAACCAGGUGUGGGUCCCCCUUAGGCAGGGGUCUUCAAACUCUUUCAGCUGUGGGCUUGUCCACCAUCCCUCAGACCUUGUGGUGGGCCGGACUAUAUUUUGAAGAAAAAAAGGAACGAAUUCCUGUGCCCCACAAAUAACCCAGAGAGGCAUUUUAAAUAAAAGCACACAUUCUACUCAUGUAAAAACACCAGGCAGGCCCUACAAAUAACCCAGAGAUGCAUUUUAAAUAAAAGGACACAUUCUUUGUUGUUGUUUAGUCGUUUAGUCGUGUCCGACUCUUCGUGACCCCCUGGACCAGAGCAUGCCAGGCACUUCUGUCUUCCACUGCCUUCCACAGUUUGGUCAAACUCAUGCUGGUAGCUUCAAGAACACUGUCCAACCAUCUUGUCCUCUGUCAUCCCCUUCUCCUUGUGCCCUCCAUCUUUCCCAACAUCAGGGUCUUUUCCAGGGAGUCUUUUCUUCUCAUGAGGUGGCCAAAGUAUUGGAGCCUCAGCUUCAGGAUCUGUCCUUCCAGUGAGCACUCAGGGCUGAUUUCCUUAACACAUUCUACUCAUGUGAAAACACGCUGAUUCACGGACCAUCCGUGGGCUGGAUUUAGAAGGCGAUUGGGCCGGAUCCAGCCCCUGGGCCUUAGUUUGCCUACCCAUGCCCUUAGCUCUCUUUGUAUGCACACACACACACACACACACACACACACACACACACACGUGUGUGUGCUAGAGUGUGUAUGUGCCUCUGUCCGUGCAUGUGCUCACAGAGCUAUCUAGAGGAUUUUCGCCCGCUCUGGAGCAGAAAGGCGUUUUUUCUCUGAAUAACGGCAUAAUUGCACUCCCACGCAAGCAGCCUGUCUGGCUCACGCUGGGUUGGGAAAAGAGAGAGAAGGACCCAGCCUGAGCCGAAAUGGAGCAAAAGGGUGGAGAUUGUUUAGAGCAACCAAAGCUCCUGGAGUCUGGGCAAGCAGAAAAGAAGGAGAAGGUGAAGAAUCAAACAAAUGUAUUAUUAUUUAAUAAAAGGAGAGAGAGAGAGAGAAAGAGCACAAAUAUUCUUUGCCAUAGUUAAGCUCCGGCAAAUCAUAGCUCAGCCUGCAUGAACAUGGCAGCUUAUUCCAUUCUCUUGGUGUUGGGAAGGGGGCAGGGGGGCUUCAGGAUCCUCUCAGAGGCCUGGUGCGUCCUUCCCAAAGCCGGGAAGCUUCUGCCUGACUUAGGGAGGGAGGUGCGAUGUUCAUGUGCACAACAUCACACCUGCGUCAGCCCCCCACCAGCCUUUGCAAGCUGGUGCCUCUGCCCCUAACUGUUCCCCUAUGACAAAUUUCACUGCACACCACUGCAGUUCAGAGUGGCUGGGGCAGCCCAGUCAGAUGGGCGGGGUACAAUAAACAAGCAAUUAUUAUUAUUAUUAUUAUUAUUAUUAGCCAAGGGGAUCCACUGACACUUCAGGACGGGCUCAGCCACUUGGAGCCCAAUACCCAGGCAGAAUUAUUCAGUGUGUGUGUUGACAUCCCCCACAAGCUCAACCUGUUGACUUUAGUGGAUGAUUCUUAUUUAUUUGUCAUCAUGGAGAGCAAGCGACUGUGAACAUAUGGUGUGCGCCAACAAAUAAGGGCUGGCUGAAAACUGAGCACCGCCCAGAGUGGUCUCCCAGACCUGAUGUUCAAGGCACAAACGAAACGCGAAGUUGCUUUAACAUCUGAGCGAACGUCUAUUUGAGGACCUGGCGGAAGUCCUAAAAGGGAAGCAUGGAGAAAGUGGAGCGAGAGAAACAUUUUUCUCCCUCUCUUCUAACACUUGAAGUCAUGGACAUCUAUUCACUGUUUUUUUUAUGGGAAAAGGUGGGAGAACUAACUAUGAAGGUGGUUGGUUGGUUGGUUGGUUGUUUAGUUAGUUAGUUAGUUAGUUAGUUAGUUAGUUAGUUGUGGGCCCAGUUGCAGUGGCGCGUGCGCACUCACACAUCUCGGCUGGGAGGUAAAUGUAAAGGUAAAGGGACUCCUGACUGUUAGGUCCAGUCAUGGCCGACUCUGGGGUUGCGGCGCUCAUCUCGCUUUACUGGCCGAGGGAGCCGGCGUACAGCUUCCGUACAAAAAAACGCAACCUGAAGCAUCUGUAACCCAAGGUAUGACUGUAAUAAUAAUAAUAAUAAUAAUAAUAAUAAUAAUAUUUUAAAGGUAAGGAAACUCAGUUCCCCCGAGUUCCUCCUCAAAAGACCCCCUGCACCCCAUGAAGAUGAACAGGACACCUAAAAGGAAAGACUUCUUUCAGCCCAAAGUUAAGCUAUGGAACUCACUUCCUUAGCAGGCAGUGAUGGCCACCGAUUUGGAUGGCUUUAAAAGAGGAUUAGAGAAAUUCACGAACAAGUCUCUCAGUGGCUACUGCCUCACCGAUCAGAGGCGAUGAUGUUCCUGAAUAUCCGUUGCUGGAAACCACAAGAGGGGAGAGUUCUCGUGUGCAUAAAUUCUGGUUUCCCACGGGCGGCCACUGUGGGAACAGGAUGCUGGACUUAUAUGGGCCGUUGGCCUGAUCUAAGCAGGGUUUUUCUGAUGUUCUUACGCCUCUUCUGCUGUUCUUAGUGCCCAGUGUGUGGGUUGGGUGCAGAAGUUUCAUCCCACUUCAAAAGGGCUGGGUUGCAAUCUCAUAAAGUUUGAGGGAAGCUGUAGCGGGUAGGCGGGCGAUAGGCUCGGGUCAAGCAGACGAACGAGGAAAAAUAGCUCAGUUUUUCUUUCUCUGCUUCCUUCGCCCUUUCCAACCUUGCAACCCCGCGAGAACUUUUUGAGUUUUCCCUCCACCUCUGCCUUCCCUCCAUCCCUCGGCCCCCUUCUUUCAGUGGUGGUGGGGGAACCUGUGUAAUUUGUCAGUAAUUGAUUUUCUCUGAGCCUCAUGUCAACAAGACAGGAUCUCGGUUGCCACGGCAACCUUGCUCCCUGAUGCUGCUACUGGUGGGAGGGGUGGGAAAGGGAGCAGCCAGGCACCAUCCCACUCGUUAGGGCACCAGCCCGAUUUCCUCUCCCUGGACACCCCCACCCCCCAUUAAUUCCCUCCAAUUUCUUCAUCCCGUUGUGGGAUUGGGGGGGGGGGGAGUGGACAAAGUUAGGGAGAGGCGGGGACAUGCUAGCCAGAGAAGGAGCUGAAAGAGAUGCUUGCUCAUGUAUUUGGGGCGGGUACAAAGACUCUUUCUUUGGGGUUGCGGUGCUCAUCUUGCUUUAUUGGCCAAGGGAGCCGGCAUACACCUUCCGGGUCAUGUGGCCAGCAGGACUAAGCCACUUCUAGCGAACCAGAGCAGUGCAUGGAAACGUUUACCUUCCCGCUGGAGCGAUACCUAUUUAUAUACUUGCACUUUGAUGUGCUUUUGAACUGCUAGGUUGGCAGGAGCAGGGACCAAGCAACGGGAGCUCACCCCGUCGUGGGGAUUCGAAUCGCCAGUCUUCUGGUUGGCAAGUCCUAGGCUCUGUGGUUUAACCCACAGCGCCACCCGCAGCCCUUUUAGACAUGGCCCAGGUCUCCAGGAUGGCAGAGGGAACAGCUGCCUGUCUCUCCCAGUUCCCUGGACCUUCUGCCCCCUUAGCCACUGAGGUCAGUUGUUGUUGUUGUUUAGUCGUUUAGUCGUGUCCGACUCUUCGUGACCCCCUGGACCAGAGCACACCAGGCCCUCCUGUCCUCCACUGCCUCCCGCAGUUUGGUCAAACUCAUGCUGGUAGCUUCAAGAACACUGUCCAACCAUCUCAUCCUCUGUCGUCCCCUUCUCCUUGUGCCCUACAUCUUUCCCAACAUCAGGGUCUUUUCCAGGGAGUCUUCUCUUCUCAUCAAGUGGCCAAAGCAUUGGAGCCUCAGCUUCACGAUCUGUCCUUCCAGUGAGCACUCAGGGCUGAUUUCCCUAAGAAUUGAUUGGUUUGAUCUUCUUGCAGUCCAUGGGCCUCUCAAGAGUCUCCUCCAGCACCAGAAUUCAAAAGCAUCAAUUCUUCGGCUAUCAGCCUUCUUUAUGGUCCAGCUCUCUCUUCCAUACAUCACUACUGGGAAAACCAGAGCUUUAACUACACAGACUAGACUCUUUAACUAGACUCUUUCUAGUCAGGCGCAAACACCCAAGGAGACUGCGAAGAAGGGCCGACGGGAGGUGUGUCCCCUGAGGACAAGGGGCGUGGCUUGGGAUAUGGCUGAGGAGAGGGUGUGGCCUCUACAACAGCCAGAUAGGGAGGUCUUGAGGGCUGCAUCCAACCCACCCAGGACUGGGUGAGGUUCUCCUGCUCCUGGCUCAGGAGAAAAAACUCCAGGCUGCUGAUGCUACUGCCGCCCCUGAACAUCUGCUGCCUGAGGCUGUUGCUUCAUUCUGCCCAAUGAUCGGGCCGGACCUGGGGAGCAGCAGGAGCACAGCCUUGUCCUUUUUUUGUCUAAGGUGUUGCAUUCAGUUACAUCGAUUUGUAAACCUGAGAAAUAAAUAGCACAGAGGACAGUCCUAGUGUUUUUAAGGCAUCCUCUAAAGGGCUUUCUGGCCCUAGCAGAGUUGAAACUUAAAGGACCCUAUGAAGGAAAGCAUGCAGGGGCCUUGGAAAUUGCCUGCGCUCAACAGAUAGCAAAACGAAGAAGCAAACUGGUCGCAGGCGAGAUGCGCUGCAUUCCUAUUUCAAUUAUAGUAAUGAUUUCUAAAUUUGCAUCCAAGCAUAUAAAUCAACACAUGCAAAUUUUAUGUAAAUCUCUGUCCUCUUUUGCACUCCCCCCCCCCCCAGUGUGGAAGUGGCAACCCAAAUUAAAAUAGUUAAUUUUAAAAUAACUUGUCUGGAAAUCAUGACCUCUGGCCUGGAAGUAUUCUCCCUUCGUUAGGAGAGGUGAAGAGAUCUGGUUGUGGCUACUCUGGAGUAUAGGCGGUGCACUCUGCACAUGCUCAAACAUAGUCUCAACUCCUUUGUGGAUUUUGAGAGGAUACGCAGUGGCAUUUUUUUUUAAAAAAACCCCAACCCUGCUUUCAAUAAACAGACUAUUUAAAGAGAUUUAUCUAACCUUUAGGUGGAUUUAAAUUGGGAUUGUGUGUCUUUGGCUUACAUUUUACAUGUUGUGCGUGUGUUUGUGUAUCAGUGAGUGAGAGAGAGGAAAAAAGUAUCUAUCUAAAAAAUAAUACCUCUGGAGUGGGGUAGGGGAUAAAGCAAACCGUGGGCGGAAUGAAAUGAAUAAUUAUCUGCGAUGACGAAUCUUCUAGAUGGGGAUAAGAAAAUGAGUCAGAAAGAGGUAUUUUCUACCAGAGGGCAGAGGCUACACGUUCGCAGGGACUUGUCUACAAGCGAAACAAACUGGGAAGCCGCGAUGAAGACAGGCAGAUAAAUCAUCACCAUAAUAGUUUAUAAUGCAUUUCCAAAUGUUUCACAUACAUUAUCUCAGCCAUCCUAAUGUUUCACAUACGUUAUCUCAGCCAUCCUUGCACAGCUGCCAGGGCACGAUGAGGACAUCCUUGCAAGUGUGGCAGACCUGCGAUGUUGUCAUGGAAGAGCUUCAGGUCAAAAGUCUUUAGGAAAAUCUCUCAAAUGACUCCACAGACCCUUAAUUCCUGAGUGCAAGCUUGCACUCCUGUCAAUUUGGGGAGUGGAGUUGCUCUUCAGGGUGUUCUCCACAACGAACUCCUUAUUCAUCUCUUGUUUGCUGUGUUUAUGGAGUUCUGGGCAGCACCUGAUCUUUGUAAGCUCCAAGAUUGGAUGGCUCUCGACUGUCCUAGAGAAAUCCACCCAUCAGGCUUCAUUCUUCAGAGCAAGGGUGGAGAACCACAGGUCGGGGGGGGGGGAGAGAAUGUGGUCCUCCAAACCUUUCUCUCUGGCCCUUGGUAUCCUCCCCAGUUCAGGCCCUUCAUUCAUCCUCUAAGGCACCUGUCUUGAGAACUUUCACCAGGCUGAGAUGAUAAUGACUCUUGCUUCUCUGGAGGGAGCAUGGAGACAGGUGUGUUUGUGUGUAGAAAACAGCCUCUUGCUUUGUGAAACUGAAAUAUAUACCCAUUGCUCUGCCAAGUCUUGCCACUGCUUUAAAGCCUUGCUCAAUUCUGAGGCCUCCUGUGCCAUUUGGUGUCCCUUUAAAUCAGGGGUGAGCAACUUUUCUCCUUCCAUCGGGGUUGCGUGCCAGAGAUUGCUGGAAACUGAGCUGUUUUAUUUAUUUGGAAACAUUUGCAACCUGCUUAAGCACAGAACAUUCUACGUGGCAUCUAUCAUAACAAUGCAGCCAAAACACUGCUAGCCCCCUCCCCCCAAAACCCUGUUCUUCUGCUCCCUUCCCAAACAAUACAACACAGGUUGUUAUUUGAUAGUAUUAAAAAAAAUUCAAGUGGCAGGGAGUUCCGAAGCACGGCAUUGGGAAUUCUAAUGUGAGAAAGACUGAACUGAAUCAGGGUAGGGUUUUCCAGAUUAUUUCACCCACAACAUUUUUAUCCCUGGCUGCACCCCAUUCUUGGUUCUGGCUCCAUCCACCAGCAACAUGUACCCCUGUUUGACAGAUUACAUCUGAGGGAAUGUGUCUCUGAACCCUUGCCACCCAAAAAAUAGUGUUGCCAAACCUCCUCUGCAGAGGAGGAUGCAAUUGCAGAAGCCCAAUACUUGCCACUUUGAGAUCCUUGGAGGAACGGCAGAACCCAAAUGCAAUUACCAAGGGCGAUGGCAACCCUGUGUGUCACGCAGGUAUGUUUGCGAGGGAGCCUUUGUUGGCUGCAGAUCCCAGUUGCAUGGCAACAACCACCUAAAGUGAAAGUUGGGGGUAGCGGGGGACGGGAAGAUACCUAAAAAUUAAACACGCCCUAAGAAGUUUAAAAGGCGUUGUGAGAGAUCUCGUUUCAGCACCACGGACAGCGGCAAAGCUGUCCCUGAUACUUCAUGUAAACUCAGUUUUAACCCGUCCAGUAAGAAGCCAAAUGAGGGACACAGGUGGCGCUGUGGGUUGAACCACAGAACCUAGGACUUGCCGAUCAGAAGGUCGGCGGUUCGAAUCCCCGCGACAGGGUGAGCUCCUGUUGCUCGGUCCCUGCUCCUGCCAACCUAGCAGUUCGAAAGCACCUCAAAGUGCAAGUAGAUAAAUAGGUACCGCUCUGGCAGGAAGGCCAACCUAGCAGUUCGAAAGCACAUCAAAGUGCAAAUAGAUAAAUAGAUACCGCUCCGGUGAGAAGGUAAACGGCGUUUCCGUGUGCUGCUCUGGUUCGCCAGAAGUGGCUUAGUCAUGCUGACCACAUGACCCGGAAGCUGUACGCCAGCUCCUUCGGCCAGUAAAGUGAGAUGAGCGCCACAACCCCAGAGUCGUCCGCAACUGGACCUAAUGGUCAGGGGUCCCUUUACCCCUUUACCUUUAAGAAGCCAAAUGAGAUCUCCUUCACUAGAAUCUGGUGGAGACGUCCCCAAAUCCACUCUCUUGAGAGUGAGAUCAAGCUGAUGGGCCACAGUGCAGACUGCAAGAGCCGCUGGACCGUUAGGAAGAAGAGCUUCCUGGAUUACGCCAAUGGCCCACUUUGUCCAGCAUCCUUGAAUCAUAGAACUGUAGAGAAUAGAAGGGACCCUGAGGGUCAUCUAGCCCAACCCCCUGCAAUGCAGAAAUAUUUUUGCCUCACAUGGGGCUCAAACCCACAACCCUGAGAUUAACCUUCUGCAUGCGGAAUGGAUGCUCUGUCCCUGAGCUACAGCACUGACCAAAUAAUUAUAUAAUAAUAAUAAAAUUUUAUUUAUAUCCUGCCCUCCCCAGCCGAAGCCGGGCUCAGAGCGGUUAACAACAAUAAAAGUAACACAACAUUCUAAAAUCAAUUCAUUUUAAAAUCAAUUCAAAAUCUAAUUAAUGGCAACCAUUGGGCUAGAGUGCUAUGAGGAUUACAGAAGGAGAGAGGGGGUCAGACUGUGCCUUGGCCAAAGGCCUGGUGGAACAGCUCUGUCUUGCAGGCCCUGCAGAAAGAUGUCAAGUCCCGCAGGGCCCUAGUCUCUUGUGACAGAGCGGUCCCCCAGAUUGGGGCCAAGGCCGAAAAAGCCCUGGCUCUGGUUGAGGCCAGCCUAACCUCCCUGUGGCCCAGGAUCUCCAAGAUGUUUUUGUUUGAAGACCGUAAGGUCCUCUGUGGGACAUACCAGGAGAGGCGGUCCCAUAGGUACGAGGGUCCUAGGCCGUAUAGGGCUUUAAAGGUUAAAACCAGCACCUUAAACCUGAUCCUGUACUCCACCAGGAGCCAGUGGAGCUGGUAUAGCACUGGGUGAAUGUGAUCCCGCUCCUUCCCUCCCUCCCUCCUCCUCGUCCUGCCUAUCCAGUUGGUUUCUGAUGUCGUCACUCUGCCCAUCUGCCAGGGUCUGAUAGAGGAGAGGAGAGAAUAGCAGGGAAGGAUCCCUGUCUCUCCUUUCCCUCCCAAUUGAUGUGAUCUUCCCCUAAUCUGGCUGCCAGCAGAUACCUAACCUGCCAGAGAAGCGCCCACUCUUUGGAACGAGUCGGGAGAGGGAGGAUGCGAAACCCGGAGAGGGUGGUCUGAUGAGAGCAUUUAUGCGCCACGGAACACACCAUGGAAACCAAGGCUGGAAGGAAAUGUUUUCUUCUGGUGCACUUGAAAGAUAAAAAGGGUUUGCAAAAUGGGGGUCUUCUGGUGAUGGUUUGCUUUCUCAGGGGCUCCCGGCUUUAAUUACACUGCAGGCACAGAGAGAGAGGGGGGACUUUUUCAGCCUUGUGGAAAUACAAAGUAAAAACUUUGCUUGGUACAGCUCAGUAAAGUGGUACCUUGGUUUACAACCAUAAUCUGUUCCGGAGGUCCGUUUGUAAACCAAAACAGAUUGUAAGCCAAGGCGUGCUUUCGCCAAUGCGGCCUCCCCCCCCCAAUUGUUCAUAAUCCCCCCCCAAAGGGUUGUAAUCCAAAAAAAAAAAAGGUUGCAAACCGGGACACACACAAACCGGGUUUGACAUGUUUGUAAUCCAAACUGUAUGCAAACCAAGAUGUACUGUAUGCAAACCAAGACGUACUGUAUGCAAACCAAGACGUACUGUAUGCAAACCAAGGUACCACUGUAUUGUCAUCACUGACUUCCAGUGGGAUCGAUCUCUCUCUCUUGCCUGUUGCUGGCAUCCAUCUGUCUUGGGAGACAAUGGAAGACUGUGCCUAUGGGGUGAGUCCAACCAUUGGAGAAUUACAGCGCCUGCUGUGGCUUUAGAGACUGAUACAAGAGAGACAUGUUUUGUUGCAGCCAGGGCAGAUGAAGGCAUCCAGUUGUGCUGCUGCAGAUGUACCAUGGCAUUUCUUCUCUCUGCAUUCCUCCUCAUUGCUCCUCUGGUAACUGCUUUGGAUGCAUGUUCUAUCAUCUAUCUAUCUAUCUAUCUAUCUAUCUAUCAUCUAUCUAUCUAUCUAUCUAUCUAUCUAUCUAUCUAUCUAUCAUCUAUCUAUCUAUCAUCUAUCAUCUAUCAUCUAUCAUCUAUCAUCUAUCAUCUAUCAUCUAUCUAUCUAUCUAUCUAUCAUCUAUCUAUCUAUCUAUAUCUAUCUAUCUAUCUAUCAUCUAUCUAUCAUCUAUCUAUCUAUCUAUCUAUCUACAGUGGUGCCCCGCAAGACGAAUGCCUCGCAAGACGGAAAAACCGCUAGACGAAAGGGUUUUCCGUUUUGGAGUUGCUUCGCAGGACGAAUUCCCCUAUGGGCUUGCUUCGCAAGACGAAAAUGUCUUGCGAGUCUUGAGAUUUUUUUUCCGCUUCCCCCCCCCUUUAUCUAAUCUGCUAAGCCUUUAAUAGCCUUUAAUAGCCUUUUAGCAGCUAAUCCCCUAAGCCUUUAAGCCUUUAAUAGCUGCUAAACCGCUAAUAGCGCUAAUAGCGCUAAUCCGUCAAUGGGCUUGCUUCGCAAGACGAAAAAACCGCUAGACGAAGACUCUCGCGGAACGGAUUAAUUUCGUCUUGCGAGGCACCACUGUAUCUAAUCUAUCUAUCAUCUAUCUAUAUCUAUUUAUAUCUAUCUAUCUAUCAUCUAUCUAUCUAUCUAUCUAUCUAUCUCUAUCUAUCUAUCUAUCUAUCUAUCUAUCUAUCUAUCUACCUAUCUACCGGUAUCUAUCGAUCAUCUAUCAUCUAUCUAUCUAUCAUCUAUCUGUCUCUAUCUAUCAUCUAUCUAUCAUCUAUCUAUCUCUAUCUAUCAUCUAUCUAUCUAUCUAUCUAUCUAUCUAUCUAUCUAUCUAUCAUCUAUCUAUCAUCUAUCUAUCUAUCAUCUAUCUAUCAGAUCUAUCAUCUAUCUCUAUCAUCUAUCUAUCUAUCUAUCUAUAUCUAUCUAUCUAUCUAUCUAUCUAUCUAUCUAUCAUCUAUCUAUCUAUCUAUCUAUCUAUCUAUCUAUCUAUCUAUCUAUCUAUCUAUCUAUCUAUCUAUCUAUCAUCUAUCUAUCAUCUAUCUAUCUAUCUAUCUAUCUAUCUAUCUAUCUAUCUAUAUCUAUCGUCUAUCUAUCUAUCUAUCUAUCUAUCUAUCUAUCUAUCUAUCAUCUAUCUCUAUCUUUCUAUCUUGGCAGGUCUUUCCUGCUGCAUCCCUAAAAGGAGAUCACAGACCUGGAAAAGUUGCAAAGGGGGCGGGGGGAGGCAGCAAAAGAUUUUGCAUAAAGUUGCAAAAAGUGAUCAGGGGGCUGAAACAAUUUCCCUACGAGGAAAGCAUACAACAUUUGGGGAUUUUUAGUCAGAGGAUAAUGGGUAAAGGAUCAGAACAUGAUAGAGCUUUAUAAAAUGAUGCAUGGCCUAGAGAAAAAGGGAAUAGAUGCUUUCUCUCUCCUGCUCCCGUCAUGCUGCUUAAGCUGAAAUUCCUGUGAUGCAGAGAGUUGGACUAGAUGACCCCUGGGGUCCCUUCCAACUCUUCAGUUUUAUGAGUCUAUGAUACUGGAACCCAGGGUCAUCUGACAAAACGCACUGGCAAGAGAUUCAGAGGAAACGAAGCGCUUCUUCACUCAGCAGCACGCUGUUUACCUCUGGAACUGGCUGCCGCAGGACACAGAAAUGGCCACUAACUCGGAUUGCCAUAAAAGAGGACUGGACAAAUUUGUUGAGGGCGAGGCCUUUUGGUAGCUCCUAUUCACGAUGGCUGAGCUGUGCCUCCACCCUCAGAGGAAGCCUGUCUCUGAAUGCCAGUCGCUGGGGGAUCACAAGUUGAGAGAGUUCUGUUGCACCCAGGUGACCUGGUUCUGGGCUUCCCAUGGACACCUGGUUGGAACUGGAGGUUAGGAUGUUGGAGUAGAUGGGGGCUUCAGCCUGAUCCUGCAGGGCCGAAUCUCUUUGCGGGGAUAUCUGGGCAUGUGGUUUGCAACCUCAGCAUCCUUUAAACUCUUCCCAAUGAAGACUUUAAUGCUUUCUCUCCCCUCUCACCCUUCCUUCUCCAGGAAAUCCCUUUACGUGAAAAUUGUGGACGUUGAAGAAUAUGAGAAGAAGGACAGCUUCUUCAUAGAGCUGGGACAGCCACGCUGGUUGAAAAGGGGCAUAUCAGGUAGGUGGCUAUGGGGUGUGGUGGGGAGAGCACCUUUCAAAUCCAGAGCAAAAGACUGGAGGUGUCAUCGUGAAAACUGGGGAGUGAUGUUCAUCUGGAGAUGGUCAUCAAUGGUGGAGGAGCAUCCCUAGAGGACCAUCUGCUUUCCACCUUCCCCUAUAGCACAGGGGAGGCACCUCAGGCCCUGAACCUAUUGCUAUGGGGCCCCCACCUCCAUAUCCUGGUCCCUGUUCAGUUUGGUUUGAGGUGGGUAAAUGUUCUAAGCAGCCCACCUGAACUGGGACACAGCCUUGCAAAACUGCCACCAGCAGCACUUCGCUUUUGGUUUUGCUGCUUGCUGUUGGUUUUGUACUUGUAAAGCGCUUACAGAAGCAGUUUUGGCAGAUAAGCAGCAUAUAAAUAAGUAAAUAACUGCUUACGAUAGCAGCUUUGGGAUUUUGGAGAGGCUCUAAGGGUGAGGCUCCCCCCACAAUUCCAAGUUGGGACCUCUUAACCUUGGAGACCAGGGGAGGCGAAAAGCUAAAAGGGUAAAGGUAAAGGGACCCCUGACCAUUAGGUCCAGUCGUGGCCGACUCUGGGGUUGCGGCCCUCAUCUCGCUUUAUUGGCCAAGGGAGCCGGCGUACAGCUUCCGGGUCAUGUGGCCAGCAUAACUAAGCAGCUUCUGGCAAACCAGAGCAGCGCAUGGAAAUGCCGUUUACCUUCCUGCCGGAGUGCUACCUAUUUAUCUACUUGUACUUUGAUGUGCUUUCGAACUGCUAGGUUGGCAGGAGCAGGGACUGAGCAACGGGAGCUCACCCUGUCGCGGGGAUUUGAACCGCCGACCUUCUGAUCGGCAAGUCCUAGGCUCUGUGGUUUAACCCACAGCACCACCCGCGUCCCUGGCGAAAAGCUACUCUUGUGCAAAAACGGAAAAUGACGGUGCUGUUGGAGCUGCAGAACCUUUCGGCAGGCCUGGAGCCUCAGUAAACACCCAGCCUUGGCUCUGCCUGGUGCCAUCCCUAGAGGCGCCUAGCAGUUGCUUAGAAGGAGAGGGUUGCUUUGAACAUGAAAUCCCUGCUGUAUUGCCUUUGAUGGGGUGGGGCUGGCUCCCCAGCCAUUCCGUUCCCUGGUGGCUGUUCCUUCAGAUCACAAAUCUCUCUGUCUCUUUACUGACAAUCUGCGUAAUUUCUCUCUUUCUCUCUCCCUCUUCUCUCUGUUUCCUUUGCCGCAGCCCUUUUGCUAAACCAAGGUAAGCUCUCCCUGCUUGCUCUCCCUUUUUCUUCAACCCCCUACUGCUUCUGCCUUCACAAACGCAGCUCACACUUUACCAACCCCAUCUGUUCUCCCCACCCGCUCUGAACGUCUCACGGGCACAAACUUUCCAGCACCUAAAGUGCACUGCAUUUACUAUGCCCAUUGUACAGAUGGAGCAACUUCGCCCCAAAGUAUCAGGCAGGCAAAUCCUACGCUCAGAAGUGAUUUCUGCUGAAUUCACUUGGGCUCACAGUGCCCAAGUGAAUGGGUAAAGCAGUGGGUUUCAACCAGCGUGCUGUGGCACCUUGAGGUGCCUUGAAUGAUGGACAGGGGUGCCACAGGCAACCCUGGCCUCUGUCCCGCUUUCCUUCCCUCCCUCCUCUGAUGCCCUCUUGUGUCUCCACCUCCCAAAGGCUUGCACAGCUGUUUGUUGCAGCAGCCCUGGCUAUAAGCUCCCUAGGCGAAUGGUGCCUCGGGGGCUGGCUAGGGGGUGCUUCCCAGACCCCUGUGGGGCAAUGUGAGGAGAUACCUGUUGGGAUGCUGCCAGGGAGAUGGGGGCAUUUGGCAGGCCCCCAGCUGGCUCCAGCCACCGGCCGGCAGCUGGGCGAACACCGGUUCCCAGUACAGUGGUACCUCAGGUUACAUACACUUCAGGUUACAUACACUUCAGGUUACAGACUCCGCUAACCCAGAAAUAGUGCUUCAGGUUAAGAACUUUGCUUCAGGAUGAGAACAGAAAUCUUGCUCUGGCGGCACGGUAGCAGCAGGAGGCCCCAUUAGCUAAAGUGGUGCUUCAGGUUAAGAACAGUUUUAGGUUAAGUACGGACCUCCGGAACGAAUUAAGUACUUAACCCGAGGUACCACUGUACGGCAUCAAUCAGCGACACAAACCUCAGAUACGUUUAGAGACUCGGCACGCUCUUAUCAGCAGAGUGAAUAAAUCCUCACAACAGUUGUGGCGGACAGAGUCAUGUGUGAGCAUUAUUUACAGCAAAGCAUAGUUCAGGAACAAAGGAAAAACAUGUCUGCUUCCCUUCGUCUCCAAUAGCAAAAGCAAUAUACAAAAGGAAGUUCCCAGCAAGUGCUGGAAGUAAACAGGCAUGUGACACACAACAGUCACGCCUGUUCCCUUUUAAAGUGGAACGGAACUAUAUCCUAACAACACCUCUCUUUGGGGCAGGGGGGGCAGUUCAGAGACCGGGGACAGCCGCUGCAGCUGCCCAGAGGACCCCCAAGUCGAGGGGAGGAGGCUGAGGGAACCCUCCACAAGGGAGGGUGUUUGAAAAAGGGCGAGAGGCUGCCAGCUCUGCAGGAAACGGGUGACAUAACUGGGCUCCUGAGCCCCACGGGGGAGCCGCAGAAAGAAUUUGUUGGUCAAGGGAGCCGUGGACUCAAAAAGCUUUUGCAGAGAUGGAAAUUUUAUUACGAGGUGGUUUCCCACCCUAUGUUUCAUUUGCAAAAAUAAUAAUAAUUAGAAAAUGGAACUUCACUGGGCAUUCUACAAAGUGUAGGGUUCUGCUUUGACACAGGGCCCUCCAGAUGUUGUCGGAUUCCAGCUCCCAUCAUCCACAGCCAGUGUGACUAAUGGUUAGUGAUGUUGGGAACAGUAUUCCAGCAAUAUCAGGAGAAUUCCCUUUCCCUGGGUCAAGGUAUGUGGGAGGAGAGAUGUAUUGGUGCUACAAGGGCAGGGAUAUUACAAUUUCCGCAUGUGACUCUGUUGUACACAGACUAGACACAUAAUUGUAGUGUGUGCAAUACUUGUACAUGACACUUCCAGCUGGUUAUGGAAUCAAAGAGUUGAAAGGGACCCUCAAGGGUCAUCUAGUCCAACACCCGGCAAUGCAGAAAUGGCAGCUGAAGAGUGCCUGACAAAGGGCCAUCCGACCUCUUGUUUAGAAACCUCCCAUGAAAGAGGUUUCUGUUACAGCUCCUCAUGCAAGCUAAGAAUAUAUAAAUACACAAGAACUGCCAUGCUGGUCCAGACCAUAAUAUCCACUUUGGCCAUCUUGCAAUUUCCAGAAGAUACCUCUAGAAUCUCGCAAGUGGGGCACGAAGGAGGUGUUUUUGUUCCUUGUUCCCAGCAGUUGGUAUUCAAAGGUAUACUGCCUUUAAACAUGGAGGUUCUAUAACUGCUAAAGGUAAAGGGUAAAGGGACCCCUGACCAUUAGGUCCAGUUUUGACCGACUCUGGGGUUGCGGCGCUCAUCUCGCUUUAUUGGCCGAGGGAGCCGGCGUAUAGCUUCCGGGUCAUGUGGCCAGCAUGACUAAGCCACUUCUGGCAAACCAGAACAGCGCACGGAAACACCGUUUACCUUCCCGUCAGAGCAGUACCUAUUUAUCUACUUGCACUUUGAUGUGCUUUCAAACUGCUAGGUUGGCAGGAGCAGGGACUGAGCAACGGGAGCUCACCCCGUCAUGGGGAUUCGAACCGCCGACCUUCUGAUCAGCAAGUCCUAGGCUCUGUGGUUUAACCCACAGCGCCACCCGCGUCCCUUCUGUAACCGCUAGUUAUUGGUAAAUCUCUCCUGUAGCCCCAAUGCUUUCUCCCCACAUGAAUGUAUGGGGCAUGGAUCCUUAUGCGUUGUGUCCCGGACAUGAAUCCAAAGGGAUUGGGUACUUGCUUUUAGCCAAAUCUAGAGGACAAAAUACCUGAGGACUUGUGAGGAAUGCUAAAACGGUUUCACUAAGGCUGGCAAAAAAAAAAAAAAAUGCAGUUAAUUAAAAAAAAACAAAAAACAAUUUGCUACUGGAUUUUGUCCACCGCAAAAUUCAAUGCAGAUUUGUUGAUUUCCUCCAGUGGGGUUAGGAGGAAGGAAAUCUAUAGAAUUUCGAGGAAAGCAAAAAAAACACACAACCAAACCACCCACAGAGGUGUGUGUGUGUGUGUUUGCUUCUCUGGUGCAAUGGAAUUACAUAUCGAAUGGUGAUUUGGUGUGAGAUCAGGUUACCAGACGUCCCCGUUUCCUGGGGACGGCAGUCCCGGGAUUUACAAAUUGGUCCCCUGAAAAAAAUCCAUUUAUUUAGUAGGAAGUUGAAAGGUGUCCCUGGAUUUAUGGGGCGCGGGGGCGGAUCUGGUAACCUUAGUGUGUGUGAGGGAGAGAUCCUGUUCCUGUGGCCUGUCCCUGCGGCAGUGUGCAGAUUCCCCGAGGCAGGCAAUGGAGUUGGCAGAUGAGGUAUAGCCUUCUAUUAAACAGCUGUGGCUGGGAGAGGGAGCACUUUGCGGGGGCGAGGGAAUGCCACGGGAGAGGGUGCGUGGGAGAAAGUGUGUAUGCGUACGCGUUAGCCAUGUUCUGGGGAGAGAGGCAGUGAGUGGGAGAGAAACUAUAUGCUUGGGAAGAGAUUGAGAUGAAAAUGUGUGCUUUGAUGAGAGGGAGGGAGAGGGAGAGAGAAAUCUUACCUGCCCAAAACAACUCUCUGUCGUCUUCUUUUGGGGGAGAGAUUGUGCAUGGAACAGGUUGUGGGGUACAUGGGGUCAUGGGGGUUUUUUAAAAGAAGAAGACGAAGAAGAAGAGGAAGAAAUUUUAUUUAUUCCCCGCCCUCCCCGGCCAGAGCCGGGCUCAGGGCGGCUAACAUCAAUAAAAUUUCAGUAAAAACAUAGUAAGAAGAAAGAGGGGGGAAAAAAAACAAUUUAAAAUACAGGUUAAAAUGCAAUUUAAAAUGCAGCCUCAAAGUCAAAACCAUAAGGGGAGGGAAACAUAAGGGUGAGACCAAGUCCAAACCAAAGGCCAGGUGGAACAGCUCUGUCUUGCAGGCCCUGCGGAAAAAUGUCAAGUCCUGCAGGGCCCCAGUCUCUGGUGACAGACAGUAUCUUGGGUUCCAUGUUGUUUGAGUACCAAGGCGUUUGAGAACCAAGGUACCACUGUAUGCAAAAUAAGUGGCAGCAUAUCAUUUGCGUAGUUCACUGCGCUUGCAGGAUCCUGCCUUUUCUCUCUGUGCUGAAUUUUGGUGAGGUAUCCUCCCCCUUCCUUUCAGGCACGGGGUAUGUAUUGCCAUGUGAUUUGAAUUCACUGCCCUGGCAACUUAACAUAUUGUCAGUGGGGAUCAUUCUGGCAUUCGGAUGAGGGUGAAACAGCAACUGCGGUUGAGUAGGCUUGAACGGAGGUUCCUAUCUUGGAAAUUAUCUAUUGCCCAAGUGAAGAAAGCCAAGACGCCAGGGAAAGGAAGCAAAAGUGGUCUGGACUCCAGGAUUCUGUUACUUCGAGGCAUUAAUGCAAAAUUGCAUGUUGCAAUUUUUCUCUACAACAGAUGUUUCAGGCCCAGCAGGAGUUGCACUCCAGAAACAUUUCUACGAGGUUGGAAACAUAGCUGUCAACCGUCCCUUAUUUGGCGGGAAAGCCCCUUAUCCCAGUGCUGUGUCCCGCUGCUGUCCCUGAUUGAUGAUGUCCCUUAAAUUUCCCGGGUUUCAAAGGAAGCAGCUCCUCUCCCUCCCUCUCUGCCAGCCACGGAGGAGGGAGGCUCCAACUGUGUUGCUUGGCUGCUUUGCUCACCCAAUAAGGAGUCUAAGAACAACUGGGGUGUGGAGCUUGCAUGCCUUGUCCUGAUCAAAUCGGCCGCGUUGCCUGGGGACUCGCCUUUGCUCAGCGCUUCCCAGCGGAGAGGGGACGGUGUUUUUCCUUGCUGCAUCCCCUUUGCCGGGUCGCUGCGCUGUGGGAACCACCGCUUGAGGCUUCGUUGGGCUGCUGACUGGGCUUUCUGCCUUCGGCUCGGAGGGGCUCAGAAAUCAAACAUACCUGUGCUCUGAAAAUCCCUUAUUUUGGCUGCUGAGCCCUUAUUUCCGAGGCUGUUGGUCCCUUAUUUUCAAAUCUGUAAGUUGACAGCUAUGGUUGGAAAUGGCUGCUCUACAAAAAGCAAAACGAAAACCCACAAAUCCCCACACAGAGAAAGCUUGCUCUUCAAGGAGAAGUAUACAAAGCAGCUUCUUCCCCUGAUGAGCUAUUUUUCUACAUUAAGGGGAAUAUUCCUUCCCCACCACCACCCAGGUACCAAUGUCCAAGCAAGUCAUUUGCCCAUCUGAAGCCUAAAACCCUAGACAGCAGGAAAAAAAGAUUACCACUUUUGUUCUGCAGGUUUUCUAAACCAGCACUUGGUGUUUGAGAAUCCAGGAUUCGAAAAAUGAAGAAUAUAUUUUUAUAGGCCACAGUGGCAGCAAGAGUUCUUAUCACUACGAAGUGGAAGAGUGAUGAAAUCCCCUCCCCCCAAUAAAAAUGGAUCCAGACAAUGCAGAGCUAGGUAGUUUAUCAGAAAAAAUAAAGAACAAACCAAAACAGGAAUUUAUUUCAAAAUGGGAAACCUUCAAAGUUUAUUUGAGGUUGAAUCCUGACAAGACAGAAGUACUGUUUUUGGGGGACAGGGUGUGGGCGGGUGUGGGGGACUCCCUGGUCCUGAAUGGGGUAACUGUGCCCCUGAAGGACCAGGUGUGCAGCCUGGGAGUCAUUCUGGACUCACAGCUGUCCAUGGAGGCGCAGGUCAAUUCUGUAUCCAGGGCAGCUGUUUAUCAGCUCCAUCUGGUACGCAGGCUGAGAUCCUACGUGGCCACGGACUGUCUUGCCGGAGUGGUGCAUGCUCUGGUUAUACCCUGCUUGGACUACUGCAAUGCGCUCUACGUGGGGCUACCUUUGAAGGUGACCCGGAAACUACAACUAAUCCAGAACGCGGCAGCCAGACUGGUGACUGGGAGUGGCCGCCGGGACCACAUAACACCAGUCCUGAGAGAUCUGCAUUGGCUCCCAGGACGUUUCCGAACACAAUUCAAAGUGUUGGUGCUGACCUUUAAAGCCCUAAACGGCCUCGGUCCAGUAUACCUGAAGGAGCAUCUCCACCCCCAUCGUUCAGCCCGGACACUGAGAUCCAGCGCCGAGGGCCUUCUGGCAGUUCCCUCAUUGUGAGAAGUAAGGUUACAGGGAACCAGGCAGAGGGCCUUCUCGGUAGUGGCGCCUGCCCUGUGGAAUGCCCUCCCAGCAGAUGUCAAAGCAAUAAACAACUAUUUUACUUUUAAAAGUCAUCUGAAGGCAGCCCUCUUUAGGGAAGUUUUUAAUGUUUGAUGCUGUACUGUUUUUAAUAUUCAGUUGGAAGCCGCCCAGAGUGGCUGGGGAAACCCAGCCAGAUGGGCGGGGUAUAAAUAAUAAAUUAUUAUUAUUAUUAUUAUUUGAAAAACAAUUGCAGUAGUUUAAACUCUGUCGCAGCAUUUGAAUAACUUUAGUAGUAGAUUUAAGAAAGAUAUGAAACUUAAUAUAAAUCAAUAAUUAGUUAAUUUAAGAUAAAAAUAUGUUUUGGCAACAAAUAAUAGAUAAUUGAAACAAGGAAUGGAUGGGAGGUUAGGUCUAUAGUCCAAGGACCGCUUUUUGCUUUAUUGAUUUGUAACUAAUAUUGUCUUUAUCAUUGUUUUAUUUGUAUUCUUGUCUUGUUUUUUCCGUUCUUGAUUAUCAAUUAAAAGAGAGAGAGAGAGAGAAUCUAGGAUCUAGGAAGUGGUCUUUUUGGAGAGGGUUGGUUGCCAGCGGAAGCCAGAAUAUUUCUCAGGGGCCUGGGGGAGGCAGAAAUUAGUUCCAUUUCCCUGUGCUGCCACUGGCCAUUUCAACGCCAGGUGAAGCUCUCGGUUCUGCACCUCAUUAUCCCCAAGGAACCAGUAUUUGGGUGUUUGGAGGAAAAGGUAAAGGUAAAGGGACCCCUGACCAUUAGGUCCAGUCGUGGCCGACUCUGGUGUUGUGGUGCUCAUCUCACUUUAUUGGCCGAGGGAGCCGGCGUACAGCUUCUGGAUCAUGUGGCCAGCAUGAUUAAGUCGCUUCUGGCGAACCAGAGCAGCGCACGGAAACGCCGUUUACCUUCCUGCCAGAGCGGUACCUAUUUAUCUACUUGCACUUUGACGUGCUUUCAAACUGCUAGGUUGGCAGGAGCUGGGACCGAGCAACGGGAGCUCACCCCGUCGCGGGGAUUCGAACCACCAACCUUCUGAUCGGCAAGUCCUAGGCACUGUGGUUUAACCCACAGUGCCACCUGCGUCCCGGCAUGGAGGAUACUUCUGCCCAAAUCCUCACUGCUCAGGUAGACUGCUGCUGCCCAGAAGGUGUUGUGUUAAAAAAAGGGGGAAAAGGAAGCCUGCUGGUUGCUGCUAGCACCAUCCAAAUUUUCCAGGUCCCCUCCCCCUCCACAUCCUAGUGGUUCUCUGUGGCUGAAUCCUAGCGGUUCUACUAUGUUAGGCUGUGCAGGACCAGCGAGGAAUGGCACUUGCUGCCUGGCCUGCUGCCCUCACUAAGCCUCUGAGCAAGAUGCUAUUCUUUUUUCAUCUUCUAUCUCUCAAACAGGCCAAAUGAUCCCGCGCCAAGAAGAAACCCUUUCAUAAUUGAAUGUUGCAUUAAUAGCAGCUAAUUACAUGGCCAUCUCUGGGUUAUGGCCAAGGGCAGGUUGCACCUUUAUUAUGUUCUCAAAGGCUCAAGAACAGGGGUAGCCAGCACGGCGCCCUCCAUAGGUUGAACUACAAUUCCCAUUAUCCCCAAUCAAGUUCUUCUACGGAAGUCUGUGGGUCUGAAGUGCUCCUGUGGCCAAGACUAUCUGUCUAUCUAUCUAUCUAUCUAUCUAUUGGACUAUGCAGAGCUGACAAACUGACAAACUAACAGCAAAAAUAAGAAAAGAAAAAUAUCAUCAUCUGAUGAAAUCAUGAGCAGGAUUUAAAUUAUGAGCAGCCGUAGAAGAUUGAUAAUACAGUGGUACCUCGGGUUACAUACGCUUCAGGUUACAGAUGCUUCAGGUUACAGAUGCUUCAGGUUACAGACUCCGCUAACCCAGAAACAGUACCUCGGGUUAAGAACUUUGCUCCAAGAUGAGAACAGAAAUCGUGCUCUGGUGGUGUGGCAGCAGCAGGAGGCCCCAUUAGCUAAAGUGGUGCUUCAGGUUAAGAACAGUUUUAGGUUAAGAACGGACCUCGGGUACUUAACCCGAGGUACCACUGUAUAUGAAAUAGAACGAUAUGUCUCAGGUGAAAUGUUUAUUAGAAUGCAGUACGUAAAUGGGCUGGGAUUAAGAACAGCAUGGAGAGAAAGACAGGAAGAAAAUUUUAAAAGAGAAAUGUAUAACAAAUUUGGAAUCUGGAAUCAGUGCAUUUUCCCAGAAGGUACUCAGGGGUACACGGUACCGGCACCUUUUUUGUUGUUAAAAAGUGUGGCACUUACUGGAGCAACUUCGUGGUGAGUACCAGCACCUAUUUUUCUAGAAAGAAAGAAAAGCACUGUCUAGAAUAUAUAUGGCAAGAUUUUAAAGUUUAAUAAAAACUGGGCUCCAAAAUCUCUUGAUGCAGAGGAACGGGCUGUGCGACUCAAGAAAGGAAAGCCUACUGUCAACGGUGAAAAGUUGCAAGAACAAAAUACAGAACCUCCAUGUACAAGAGCAGUAUAUCUCUGGGUAGCAAAAGCUGGUUGACUCGGCUCACUUCCUGGAGGAGCAGUUGCUAUAUCUCAGCUUAGCCUACCCCAGAGGCUUGUUGUGAGGAUGGUGAAACUUGCAGGAUGGAAAGGGAUGUUCCUUCGCUAGAGGUUUUUAAGCGGGGAGGGUAUGGCCGCCAAUCAGAGAUGCUGUGGCGGUGUGCUCCCUCGUGUUGGCAGGAGGGUCAGGCUAGAUGGCCUUUGGAGGUACCCCGCUUACGAUUCUGUUGCUAUCUGUGCACCACCUCGAGAAGGUGGGAUAUCAGUGUACAGUGGUACCUUGGUUCUCCGUUCCAGAAGUCUGUUCCGAAACUAAAGUGUUCCAAAACCAAGGCGCACUUUCCCAUAGAAAGUAAUGCAAAAUGGAUUAAUCCAUUCCAGACUUUUAAAAUCAACCCCUAAAACAGCAAUUUAACAUGAAUUUCACUGCCUAACGAGGCCAUUGAUCCAUAAAAUGAAAGCAAUAAUCAAUGUACUGUACUAUAAAGUAAAUAAGGCAGUAUUGUAGAUGAUAAAAAUUAAAAUUAUUUUUUUCUUACCUGCACUGAUGAUUAUUAUUGUUAUUGGAUGGGGGCUUUUAUUCCUUUCCACAGUCACUCACUCAAUCAAUCAAUCAAUCAAUCAGUCAAUCAGUCAAUCAGUAGCUGAACUGGGUUCCACACAGUCACAAAAACAAAUGAACCGAAAAACCCUCAAAAACAAAAACGCAAAAUAAAUAGCAAAAGCGCGGAACUUAAUCUGUUCCGGAAGUCCGUUUGACUUCCGAAAUGUUCGAAAACCAAGGCGCAACUUCUGAUUGGUGCAGGCGCCCCAGAAACAUUAGCCGACAGCCGCAUUGGAUGUUCGGCUUCUGAAAAAUGUUUGAAAACCAGAACACACACUUCCGGGUUUUUGGCAUUUGAGAACCAAGGUGUUUGAGAACCAAGGUACCGCUGUAGUCUCUUCUUCCUUACUCCAUGUUUUCCCCUGACUUAGUGGAUGCUGACAAGAAGCUCUCAGCCGAGGAAGAGGAAGCCCGGCGGAUCGCUGAGAUGGGGAAACCGGUCCUGGGGGAAAACUGCCGUCUCGAAGUCAUCAUUGAGGAAUCCUACGAUUUCAAGGUGAGGAGGGGGACACGGCAGGUGCCUUGCUUGCCCAACCUCAAUUCCCAGCCCUUUGCACCCAUGUGGCGUCGUGGUUAGAGCGUUGGACUCUGAGCUGGGAGGCCAGGGUUCGAAUUCCCACUCAGCCAUGAAGGUCACCGGGCGACCUUGGGGUCCAAUCACCGCCUCUCAGUCCAACCUUACAGGGUUAUUGUUGUUGCGGGGAUUAAAGGGGGAGAGGGAGGACCACACAAACCACCUUGCCCUCCUUGGAGGGAAAAGGAGGGAUACGGCUGCAUUAAAUAAAUAACAACAAGCAAGCAACAUAAAAAGUCUUUGCUGGAUCUUGAUUUUGGUUUUGCAUUUGUAUGGCACUUUUGCAGCUCAAAGUGGCUCACAAUAGUAACAUGAAGCAUUCUACUCUUACCAUUGUGCUAUUCAUAAAUGCUAAAUUAUAUUACCGUAUUUUUCACUCUAUAACAUGCACCCGACCAUAACACGCACAUAGUUUUUAGAGGAGGAAAACAAGAAAAAAAUAUUCUAAACGAAACAGUGGAUGUAUGAUUUUUGUGGUUCAUGCUGUGGCCACAGACAUGUGAUCUGACGGUGAGUUUGGGGUAGCCCAAUGCAAAAAUCCUGAGGAUCCAUGUGGAUCCAUGCUUUGUAACCACGUUUUUGCACCACUGCAGCCCCAGGCAACAGUGGGUGUGUGAUUUUUUUGGUGCAAGCUGUAGCCAUGGACAUGCUAUGUGAUCUGAUGGUGAAUUUGGGGUGACCCAGUGCAAAAAUCCUGAGGAUCCAUGUGGAUCCGUGCUUUGUAACCAGGCUCUCUGUCCCUCUCUUCUCCCCACUAAGCGGCUCUUCUCCCGCUUUGCUGUUUCAAAGCGAGCAAAGCAAGCCACGGAGGAGGGAAGGAAGGAGAACCAUGGAUCCUCUGCUCCCGACUGCAGCAGAUCCCCUCCGCCACCCGCAGGCAUUCCCUCCAUAACACGCACAGACAUUUCCCCUUACUUUCUAGGAGGAAAAAAGUGAGUGUUAUGGAGUAAAAAAUACGGUAUUUAAUAAUAGUUAAAUGAUGAUACAGUGGUACCUCUGGAUGCGAACGGGAUCCAUUCCGGAGCCCCAUUCACAUCCAGAAGCGAACGCAACCCACGUCUGCGGGUGUCGCGAUUCACCGCUUCUGCACAUGCGCGUGACGUCAUUUUGACCGUCCGCGCAUGCGUGAGCGUCGAAACCCGGAAGUAACACACUCUGCUACUUCUGGGUCGCUGCAGCACGCAACCCAAAAAUACUUAUCCCGAAGCUACUUCAACCCAAGGUAUGACUGUAUUAUUUACUACUCCUGAUAUAGAUAUUUUUUUUUUUGGUUAUGCGUGGAGGACUGAAUUUAAGACUGACGAAACCACGACCGACACUGCUCCCACCAAAAUGCCCUAGACUUUUAGAGCAGUAUCGUACCACAGUCAUGGCUUCCUGUGAAGAAUCCUGGAAACUGUAGUUUGUUAAGGGUACAGAGAGCUGUUAGGAGACACCCACCCACCCCGCAUUCCCCCUCAUGGAGCUACAAUUCCCAGAGUUCCCCGGGAAUCGGAAAGAUGGUUAAACCACUCUGGAAAUUGUAGCUCUGGGAGGGGAAGAGUGGGUCUUCUAACAACUCUCUGUGCUGGUAACAUGCUACAGUUCCCAGAAUUCUCUGGGGGAAGCCAUGACUGCUGAAAGUGAUAUAUGCAUAUCAGGCAGACCUGACUGUGCUUCUGUUACCCCCCUUCUGUAGAACACGGUGGAUAAACUCAUCAAGAAAACAAACCUGGCUCUGGUGAUUGGCACACACUCCUGGCGGGAACAGUUUCUAGAGGCGAUCACCGUGAGUGCAGGUAGGCGGCUCUAACUUGGGGCGAUUGAGAGAGGCUGCCGUCGUGAGCUUACCCUGCGAUUGUCACCCAAGGCCCUCUUCUGUGUGUCUGCUCCCCGGGAGGUCCAGAGGGCGGCAAUGCACAAGCAGGGCCUUCUCAGUGGUGGCCCCUCGCUUGUGGAAGCUCACCUAGCUCCUGCGGGGAGCUGUCUUGCACAUCCGAAUCGACUUCGAUUGAUUUACCUUGCAUUACGGAGGUCAAUCCUGCUUAGAGAUUUUUCCAAAGGAUUUGAGGAAGGGUGAGAGGGAAGUCAAAGUUUUUCCUUUGGGGGCGGGGCAAGAAGGGGCAGAUUGCUUUGGCUGCGGGUGUCUGUUCCCAAACUGCAUGGCUCAACAGCAAAUGGGCCUGCCCCAUUGCUUCUCCGCCCCCAAAUCCUUUUCCCCCUUCCCCCUCUGCCACCUGCCCUUCUUUUCAACCUCUUCUCAUUCUCCAUUCCCCACCAUCCCCUCCUAAUGGUCAUCACCCUGUGGUUUGCAGGGCGAGCGCCACCUGUUGGCAGCCAUGCGAACUACAACCUGACGACAACCUUACACAAAUGUAUGCUAGAGAAGAAACGCAGGGAAAAAUACAUUAACCUAAACACUGAUAUAAACACCUUCUUCUGAUGCACUCCCUCCCCUUCCUGCCCAUCAACACCUCUCAGCUUCCUGGCCCUCACCCAAGUCUCCACCCAUCCCCCCUGGCUCUCAGAAUUCACUUUUUAAAAAAGAAGGGGGAGGGGAAAGGAUUCCUCGCGGCGCCUUCUGCCCAUACCCCUACUUCACCUCACAUAAUUAGCUGUGGGGAAGAAAAUGGAUUUAUUUAUUUAUUUUUGCACUGAUGACUAAGUAAAUCUGCCGAAAUCUAUGAUUUUCCUCUCAACCAAGGAGCCUAGAAAUUACUUCUUUGGCGACAAAUAAAUAAAUAAAGCACAGGCGUUGCGUAGUUUUGUUGCUGCCCUGAAAAUCUCUUUACGGUGACGGCACCCGCUAUAAAAGCUGUGGAUGGAUUUUUAUUUUUAUUUAAUGCUGGGGGACGGGGGCGGGAAUGGACCGGGAGGGAAACAGAAAGAGAAAUUAUAUAUUCCCCCCUCUCCUGAGUCCUGCACUGCUGUCCACCCACAAUGUUCUUUGCUUCAAUCGCUCUUCCCUUCACACGGUCAAUCAGGCUUCCCCCCACCCUGACACUCUUUGGUAAGGAAGAAAGAGAGAGAAGGAAGGAGACUAUUUUGUGCCAGAGGAUUACAGAAUUGUGGAGCUGGAAGGAACCUAAAGGGUCAUUCUAGCCGAAGCUCCGUGCAGUGCAGGAAUUUACACUGAAAGGGCUUUAGUCCUGGGCUCCUGAAAUUCCUAAACAGCCCUCAUAAAAGGUAAAGGGACCCCUGACCAUUAGGUCCAGUCGUGGCCAACUCUGGGGUUGCGGCGCUCAUCUCGUUUUAUUGGCCAAGGGAGCCGGAGUACAGCUUCCGAGUCAUGUGGCCAGCAUGACUAAGCCGCUUCUGGCGAACCAGAGCAGCGCACGGAAAGGCCGUUUACCUUCCCGCCGGUGUGGUACCUAUUUAUCUACUUGUACUUUGAUGUGCUUUUGAACUGCUAGGUUGGCAGGAGCAGGGACUGAGCAACGGGAGCUCACCCCAUCACAGGGAUUUGAACCACCGACCUUCUGAUCAGCAAGUCCUAGGCUCUGUGGAUUAACCCACAGCGCCACCCGCGUCCCUAAACAGCCCUAGUAACACAAGCCAAAUAGUGCUUGCUGGUGCCCAUUGGGACCGGUGAGGUGGAAUCCGUGGAGCCCAAAUGGUAGGCGGAGCCAGAGGCAUUCAAAGGCGGGGCCAACUCAUUCCAGUUUUAAUAAGAAUAAGAAUAAGAAUAAGAAUAAGAAUUUUUAUUUAUACCCCACCCUCCCCAGCCAGAGCUGGGCUCAGGGCGGCAAACACCAAUAAAAUCACAGUAAAAACAUAAUGGGGAAAAAGAGAAGGGGGGGGGGAAACCAAUUUAAAAAUACAGGUUAAAAUGCAAUUUAAAUUGCAGCCUCAUUUUAAAGUAGCCGAUAAAUCAAGACCGUAAGGGGAGGGAAACAUAAGGGUCAGACUGAGUCCAAACCAAAGGCCAGGCGGAACAGCUCUGUCUUGCAGGCCCUGCGGAAAGAUGUCAAGUCCCGCAGGGCCCUAGUCUCUUGGGAGCGUUCCACCACGUCGGGGCCAGUGCUGAAAAGGCCCUGGCUCUGGUUGAGACCAAUCUAACCUCCUUGAGGCUUGGGACCUCCAAAGGCCUCCCCUUUCUCACCCACUCCUGCUGAUUCUUACAAGGGCAACAACAUGCCCUACCAUUGAAGCACUGUGAUGCCAUUUUGAACAGCCAUUUGGGCUUCCCCCCCAAAGCAUUCUGGGAGCUGUAGUUUGUUAAGAGUGCUGGGAGUUGCUGGGAGACCCCCUCUAUUCCCCGCACAGAGCAACUAAUCCCAAGAGGGCCAGAAACAGGAUCAGGCAAAUUCAGAAAAGGCUGUCCGUGGCUUUUAGACAUCAUGGCUAUGCUCUGUCUAUUCGGCUCUGCUUUCUUUUGGAGCACACCAGCAAGGCCAAGGGCUUUGUCAUCUGGGCAGCCCAGGACUCCCAUACACACUGCCCAGGCUUGCGCUGCAGCACUUCGGUGCUGCUAACGGAGGUUUGACUUCACCCUUGGAGCACACUCCAAUGCCUCUCAAGACAGAUGGAUGCCAACACAAGCUUUUCAGUUUCACAGGCCUCUUUGCCAGGCACAACGAGAAGGUAAAAAAAAAAAAAAAAAAGAGGAGAAAGAAUUCAAAAACGAACACAGUUUUCCAUAGGGGUAAUAAUAAUAAUAAUAAUAAUAAUAAUAAUAAUAUAUUAUUUGUACCCCACCCAUCUGGCUGGGUUUCCCCAGCCACUCUGGGCAGCUUCCAACAAAGGCCAAAAAUACACUAAAAUAUCACACAUUAAAAACUUCCCUGAACAGGGCUGCCUUCAGAUGUCUUCUGAAUGUCAGGUCGUUGUUUAUCUCUUUGACAUCUGAUGGGAGGGCGUUCCACAGGGCAGGUGCCACUACCGAGAAGGCCCUCUGCCUCGUUCCCUGUAGCUUUGCUUCUUGCAAUGAGGGAACCGCCAGAAGGCCCUCGGAGCUGGAUCUCAGUGUCCGGGCUGAACGAUGGGGGUGGAGACGCUCCUUCAGGUAUACAGGACCGAGGCCGUUUAGGGCUUUAAAGGUCAGCACCAACACUUUGAAUCGUGCUCGGAAACCUACUGGGAGCCAAUGCAGAUAUCUCAGGACCGGUGUUAUGUGGUCUUGGCGACCGCCCCCAGUCCCCAGUCUAGCUGCCGCAUUCUGGAUUAGUUGUAGGGUUGAUCAUUUUGGGUGAAGAAUUCUGUGAUGCUCAGAAGCUUGCUUGCUUCAGUGCCAACCUGCAUUGGCCAAAUAAAAUACCAUUUCUUGGCACAGGCACAGCCAACAUUUAGGGCUGAGCAAUCUAAGGACAUAAGAAGUGUCCUGCCAGUGGCAAAUCUAGUCCAGCAACCUCUUCUCCCAGUGCUUGAUCAGAUGCCCGUAGAAAACCCGUAAGCAGGAUUUGAGCACAUGAACAAUUCUCCCCUCCUGUGGUUUCCAGCAGCUGGUAUUCAGCGGCUGGCACUGUGGGUUAAACCACCAAGACUUGCAGAUUAGAAGGUUGGUGGUUCAAAUCCCCGCAACGGGGUGAGCUCCUAUCGCUCUGUCCCAGCACCUGCUAAUCUAGCAAUUCAAAAGCACACCAGCGCAAGUAAAUAAAUAAAGCCCUCCUGUCUUCCACUGCCUCCCGCAGUUUGGUCAAACUCAUGCUGGUAGCUUCAAGAACACUGUCCCACCAUCUCGUCCUCUGUCUUCCCCUUCUCCUUGUGCCCUCCAUCUUUCCCAACAUCAGGGUCUUUUCCAGGGAGUCUUCUCUUCUCAUGAGGUGGCCAAAGUAUUGGAGCCUCAGCUUCAGGAUCUGUCCUUCCAGUGAGCACUCCGGACUGAUUUCCUUCAGAAUGGAUAGGUUUGAUCUUCUUGCAGUCCAUGGGACUCUCAAGAGUCUCCUCCAGCACCAGAAUUCAAAAGCAUCCAUUCUUCGGCGAUCAGCCUUCUUUAUGGUCCAGCUCUCACUUCCAUACAUCACUACGGGGAAAACCACAGCUUUAACUAUACAGACCUUUGUCGGCAAGGUGAUGUCUCUGCUUUUUACGAUGCUGUCUAGGUUUGUCAUUGCUUUUCUCCCAAGAAGCAGGCGUCUUUUAAUUUCGUGACUGCUGUCACCAUUACAUUAUAAAAUUACAUUAUAAAAACACAAAGUGCAUUAUCAAAAUGUAAACAGAAACAGCUGAAUACACUUUCCGCCCACCAAACCCAAAUAAAAACAGUUAAAGGUUUUUUAAAAAAACACACACACAAUUAAAAAGCAGUUUAAAAGAAUGCAAACAGUAUUCUCUGCUGGGUGCAGCCCUUUUGUCGUCUAUCAGACCCUGCCCUAGGCCUGACAAAGGUGAGGCAGACAGGACCCUCAGAAAUCAGUAGAAUGAGGCGUAGAUUUCCCAGUCAUUAUGUGGCAUGGCCGUGGUGCCCUCUAGUGGCCAACUUGCCUUACAGCACCUUCCAGAAUAAACGAGAAGAAAACCGCCUUGAGAAGGACUCAAUACAGGUAGGUCGCUUCACCCUUCUGGCAUUAACAGCAGCUUGAACUGAUAUUGAGGCUGAGCAGGCGAAGCAUACAGGUGUCAAGGGAGAUUUUUGCCUCUUUAAUUUGCACAGGUGAAUUUGCUGCUGCGAAAGGCCAGACAAGAGAGGCAGCACGGUGUAGUGGUUAGAGUGUCGGACUAGGACCUGGGAUAGUGGACUUCAAAUCCUCGCCCUGUUUAGGGAAGCUUUUAAUGUUUGAUGUAUUACAGUAUUUUAAUUUUUUUUUGGAAGCCGCCCAGGGUGGCUGGGGAAGCCCAGCCAGAUGGGCGGGGUAUAAAUAGUAAAUUAUUAUUAUUAUUAUUAUUGCCAUUUAAAUGGGCAUCAUUUGAUCGAUUUCAGGGCAAGGCUUACCUGCCCCCCUAAUAUCUUAUUCAAGUUGGCACCCCUGUUUGGAGGCCUCCCCACCCUCUUGGCCCAGAAGCGCCCCUAACUCUCAGUCCCUGUCUCCCUAUCCCUAGGAGACGAGGAAGAUGAGGAAGACGGGCGCGAGGAACGCCUCCCCUCCUGCUUCGAUUACGUCAUGCACUUCCUGACGGUCUUCUGGAAGGUUCUCUUUGCCUGCGUGCCGCCCACCGAGUACUGGAACGGGUGGGCUUGCUUCAGCGUCAGCAUCCUGGUCAUUGGGGUGCUGACGGCCCUCAUUGGAGACCUGGCCUCCCACUUCGGCUGCACCGUCGGCCUCAAGGACUCCGUCAACGCUGUGGUCUUUGUGGCGCUGGGCACGUCCAUACCAGGUAUUUAUCCUUGUUAUGUACUGAAGUUCUCACCCUGGCCAGCAGGGGGAUACUGUAGAUAGUUUGCACUCAGGUCCACAUAUGCAAAUAAGGGAUUGAAAGUGACGCUCAGUGAUUGGAUAGUUACAGAAAGUGGUUACUGUUGCGUUGUAGUGGAGCUCUAUAUAAGCAGGCUGGCUGAACCCUUCAGUUCAGUUCUGUUCUGGCCUGUGAAUAAACAAGAGCUGUUUGAAGAAUUGCUGUGUCGUCUGAUAUGUUCACCCACAACUUAACAAUCCUGACGGCAUAAAGGGGGCAGGAAGACUUGCUGCAAGGUGGGCCUCUGAACCCCCAGGGGUGACCAGCGUUCCAAUGCCCAAGCUCAAGAGGUUGAGGGUCUUUUGCAGGAUCUCUUACGAAUGUUUCUGUUGCAGAUAUGUUCUUACCCUUAACCUGAUGCCCCCCAGAAGUUCACACGCAAAGGAAAGGCCAGUUUACCAACUGAAACGCAAGAGACAAUAGUAUGCGGGUGCUGUUUUCGUACAGCAAAUUCGCAACAUAAGCAGGCAGCAAUUCAUACAGCAUGCGCACCUGAUGAUCUUGAGAGUCCACAUAGGAUCCCUGGCUAUUUCCAAAUCCUAGUAGCCAUUUGCCCACUCUAAAGACUCGUCUACAGUUCUGUUUGUCCCAUGAUUUCUAGGCCCAAGUCCGAGAGGGUCUUCCUUUCAUCCUGCCACUUUUAAACCUGCUCUUUACUGCUGAAUUGGAACAAACAUCAGUUGAGUUUUGUGGGGCUUGACAUUUGUUCCUUUUCAGCAGUAAAGAGCAGGUUUCCCCAGGGAAAAACCUAAAAUAUCACAGGACAAACAUAAGCGGGGAUGAGCUGUAAAAGUGAAGUGAGGACAUUUGUGACCCAGAGGGGUGGCCUUCCACCCCAAGGCAGGCCCCACAAAUAACCCAGAGAUGCAUUUUAAAUAAAAGCACACAUUCUAUUCAUGUGAAAACACCAGGCAGGCCCCACAAAUAACCCAGAGGUGCAUUUUAAAUAAAAGCACACAUUCUAUUCAUGUAAAAACACCAGGCAGGCCCCACAAAUAACCCAGAGAUGCAUUUUAAAUAAAAGGAAACAUUCUAUUCAUACAAAAACACGCUGAUUCCCAGACCAUCCGUGGGCUGGAUUUAGAAAGCGAUUGGGCCGGAUCCGGCCCCUGGGCCUUAGUUUGCCUACCCAUGGGUAAGACUUUCCUUUCGAUUGAUCUGCUUAUUUACUGCCAUGGGGGAGGAAGCUGAUUCCCCGAAGCCUGACAAGAGGCCAGCCAUUUCCUCCCUUGAAGGGGGCACUUGACUGCUGUUGCCCCCUUGUGGCACCAGGGCAUCAGUGCAGGAGGAAGAGGGGGUCCCCCAGGGUUGUCGACCACCCUGUGUCCCUGCUGACCACGGCUCUCCUCUUCCCACAGACACCUUCGCCAGCAAAGUGGCCGCCCUCCAGGACCAGUGCGCUGACGCCUCCAUCGGCAACGUGACUGGGAGCAACGCCGUCAACGUCUUCUUGGGGCUGGGCGUGGCCUGGUCUGUAGCGGCCAUUUACUGGGCCUUCCAAGGCAAAAACUUCGAGGUGGAGACGGGCAGCCUGGCCUUCUCCGUCACCCUCUUCACCAUCUUCGCCUUCGUCUCCAUCAGCGUCCUCAUGUACCGCCGCCGGCCGCACAUAGGGGGCGAGCUGGGGGGUCCCCGAACCCCCAAAAUCCUCACCACUUGCCUCUUCAUGGGCCUCUGGCUCGUCUACAUCCUCUUCGCCAGCCUCGAGGCCUACUGCCACAUCAAGGGCUUCUGA